AUGGAGAUGAACCAUUCGGCGAAUCUAUCCUUUCCAGCCGUGCGCGGUGUCCAACCUUCGAUCACACUGAAGGUUGCCGUUGUACAUGCUUGCGACGAUCAAAACGGCGCACUGUUCGAUUCCCUCGUAGACUGCGGAAUUGCUCGACACACAGAUGUGGGCUAUGCACGACUCGCCAAAUACGUGAGAAGUAGGAUGGUUUCUGACUUGAAUGAUGCUGUAAAGCAUUUUCAAUUGGUUCUGGACCAGUGUCCGGUCGGCCAUCCAGACCGCGCAACGGCUCUCACCAACCUCGCGUGGGUUCUCCUCAAAGGCUACAUACAAAAAGAUGUUCAAGACAUUGAUACUACCACUUCCCUCUUCCGCGACACCCUUGCAUUGCGUCCGCAGCACCAUCCCGAUCAUCCCUUAUCCCUAUAUAAUCUUACCGAAGCGCUGACUUGGCGCCACCUCAGGAAAAGUACUGCUGCAGACAUCUGCGAAGCUGCCCAACUCUACCAUGAGCUACUGCCUCUAUGUACAGAGGGCACGUACCUUCGUAGCAUCGCAGCAGGGGGAAAUGGUGUUGAUUAUGUGAUCGAAGAAUGCAACAAUCUUCCAACAGAUGGAUCCGAUGAAGGCAUCCACCUUCGAAGAGUCGUCCUCGAGCUCUGUCCUCUGGGCCAUCGACUUCGUCCCAGAACUCUCAACGAGCUUGCACGAGCAGUUGAAGCACGGUUUGAUCAGCAUGGCAGCAUCGAUGAUCUUGACACGAGCAUACAGCUUCGUCGUGAAGCCGUGUCUUUGUGUCCCGAGGGACAUACUGACCGUGAUACCUACCUUAACAACUUGGCUCUCUCGCUCAUAUCUCGCUAUAAGCACCAAGGCAAUCCUAAUGACCUCGAUGAGGCCAUCUCUUUGUACGAACAAGCACUGCACCUGUACCCUGUUGGGCACGAUUCUCGUGAUUGCUCGUUAGACAACCUAGGGAGCGCCCUCGUCGAUCGUUUCAACGAACGCGGCGACAUUGAUGACAUGACCCGAGCUAUCAGUCUCUAUCGCGAGGCCCUGACGUUGUGCCCACCUGGACAUCCACGUCGUGACACCACGCUUAACAACCUUGCCCUCGCGCUCCAAACCAGAUAUGACAAAUCGCGAGUCAGAGAGUAUCUCAACGAGGCUAUUGAUCGGUAUCGUGAAUCCCUUCGGUUAAAGCGGUUUGACGAUCCAGGGCAUCAUCUAACUCUUUCCAAUCUGAGCUCCGCGCUCUGCUCUCGUUUCAUGGAAACUCGGGAGAACGACGAUGUUGAGGAGGCCAUUGCUCUUGGUCAAGAAUCAUUGGCGGCUCUGUCUUCACUGCACCCGGACAGAUGGUUCAGCUACAGAUGGUUGCAGCAGGCCUAUCUGUCUCGUUACCGGAUUCUACACGACCCUGCUGAUUUGUCACUUGCAAUGGAGAACUUCAGACUGGCAUCAAGACACCCCCCUCAGGGCUUUCCAUACCGCAUUAGAACAGCCCGGAGAUGGGUCGCCGCUGCAGAGACGCACAGUCAUACAUCCGCACUGGAGGCCUACAACACAUACUUCGACCUUCUUGACGGUCAUUUGGCAACGCGAUCAUCGACAAUUUCACGACGCGAAGCUGCUGCUGCCUUCAAUGGUGUCAGAUCGCUGCCUGUAGAUGCAGCAUCGUGCGCCAUCCGCAAUCACAAUCUACGCCACGCAGUCGAACUCGCAGAGCAGGGUCGUGGCCAGCAAUGGUCGCUGGCAUCUCGACUCAGGACUCCAGUUGAAGACCUUGAGUCAACAAAUCCGACACUAGCGCACAAUUAUUUGGAGCUGAGUAAACUCGUUUCCAAUGCAGCCCAGAGUUCUGCAACCAUUACCGACAGCGCUACUGCUGAUAGGGCAGCAAUAGAGUACAGGAUGCUUAUAAGGCAAUGGGAAGCUGCCGUAGCUAAGAUACGUGAUCUUUGGGGGUUCUCGCGGUUCCUGCUCCCGCCUUUAUAUGCAGACAUGCAAGCGGCAGCGCGCCAGGGCCCGGUCAUUGUUCUCAUUGCGAGCCAAUACUCGUGCAAUGCCAUCAUCGUCCCGACGUCAGGAGACCCCCAUCAUGUUCCCUUGCCAUCUGUCCCUCUCGCGGAUCUGUCCAAUCUCAAGGAUCGCUUUGCCAGGGCAAUACGAAACGCAUCUGCCCUGGGCACAAAAGUGCCGCGAAACGAUCUAAUAGUCCUCUUGCGGACGGUAUGGGACGAGAUCAUGCUACCCAUCGUCAACGUCCUCCAACAUGAUCUGAAACUAAAAUACUCUUUCACGUCUAUUCCUCUCCACGCAGCUCACCCGUUUCGAACCAACUCAGAUGGCUCUAGGGAGAAAUGCCUGGAGGAUCUCUACAUCUGCUCUUACACACCCACACUUUCGGCUCUGGUCAGAUCCAGACAGAUGAUGAAGAAGCGCGUCACUCCAUCCUUCGUGACAAUCGGACAAGGUCAACCGGGUGCAGGAAAAGGCAAGGCACUCAAGGCCGUCGACAGCGAGCUCGAGCUUGUCCAUAAGCUCGUCCCUGCGACGGCCACACACAUCAUGGAGAGAGAUAUUCCGCACGCCGAGUUCGCGUUCUUAUCCGCGUGUCAUACCGCCGUCGGAGAUGAGGAGACUCCUGAUGAAGUGAUUCACCUCGCAGCUGGUCUUCAGUUUUCGGGGUUCAAGAACGUCAUUGGGACGCUGUGGCAAGUCGACGACUCUGUCGCAAAACAUGUCGUCAAAGCCUUCUAUGAAACCAUGUUCAAAGAUUUGAAGGAUGGAGAUGUGAUGGACUGUACGAAGGCGGCUUGGGCACUGAACCGUGCCACACAUGCCGUCAAGACGACAGUGCCGCUGGAGCAGAGGAUGGUUUUUGUUCACAUUGGGUUCUUUGUAUUUACACUGCGCACAACGCUGCGCGGCUGGAUUUUUGAAAAAAUUGAAAUUGAAAGUGCCAUUAAGAAAACGAAUGGGGAACACAAAAUUGGUACGACAUUCUCAAACUACCACGGCACAAUGCCCAAACGUGCACUGAAACACCUGAAGAACCUUGGUGGAUAUGCAGAAAGAAAUACGAAAAGGACCAAGCUCAAGAGGGAGGAAAAAGAAGGAAAGGAAAACAUACCAAUUCAUGGAUGGAUAUCACAAAGGUCUAACAGGAAAGCAAGCUGCCUGGGCCACUAA